AUGCAAGGGGCGUCAGAAGACAUGCCUCUCCUUUCCAACUCUCGACUGAACGGCUCAGCUCACGCCCCUGGAGGAUGUCGGUCGCGCCUGAGGACCUUCUUCUCCUCGAUCACCGUGGAGCCUGCGCUGUUUCUGUACAUGCUGACGUACGGCCUUUGCUUUGUGUACACCACGCAGAUGUGGGUGGAAAAGGUCUGCUCCUUCUACUUCCACUACGACGACGACGUCUGCGCGAACCUGGACUCGGGCAAGUACCCCGAGGAGCAGCGCGCCGUGCACCGCAUGACGAGUCGCUACAACGUCUACAACCACCUCAUCGAGUACCUCCCCGCCGCCCUCGUCGUCCUCGUCCUGGGCGCGUGGAGCGACACCCGCGACCGCCGCCUGCCCAUCGUCAUCCCCAUGGCAGGAGUCGCCCUCAUGAAAUUCGCAUCUUCAUGGGCGGCUAUUCCUACGUCGCCGUGGCCUCGGGCCGGCGGCGCGCACCUCUCGCAUCUCCGUGAUCGGGUGGUGUCGGUGCUCGGGGCCACGGCGGGGCAGGUGCUCGGGCUGUCGGUGUUCGCCCGGUGGGGGUACGUCGGCGUGUUCCUGGUCGCGGCGCUCCUGCUGGUCGUCGCGACGGUCUACGCCCUCGCCAGACUCGAGAAGAAGCCCGGAGGAGGCGACGAGGCCGAGCUGCGCCAGGACAGGUCCAUCAGGGAAAUCCUCUCCCUCGCGCAGCUGAAGACGACGCUGCUGACGCCCUUCAGGAGGCGGAGGGACCAAGGACGACGUCAGGUCAUCGGCCACAUCGUCGCCAUCUUGCUCUUCAUCUCCACCUACGGAUCCCUCAACUAUAAUUAUCUGUAUACUCGGAUAAAGUUUUCGUGGGACUACAAGACCUUCACUUCAUGGUCGAUAACGGACACUUGUCUUCUGUCCCUCGGCCCUAUGGUGAUCGUACCUGUGAUGAGUUACCUGUGGCAGGUGCAGGACGCCCUGAUUGGCUUCCUAGGGGGCGUGUCCCUGCUCUUCUGCUAUGUCCUCCGAGGCACCGCCUAUGUCGACUGGAUCCUCUAUUUAGCGUCGGUUAUAGGCCUAGGACAAGGCCUGAUCGUCAUGGCCUCGAGAGGUGCCAUUUCGAAAGCAGUGAAAGAGGAGGAAACAGCCAAGAUAUUCGCCAUUCUCGGGGCGUUCGAGAGCGGCGUCCCGGCUCUCUCGGCUCUCGUCUACACCGCCAUCUACAACAACACCCUCGAGUCAUUCCCGGGAGCCAUCUACAUCUUCACGGCCUUCGUCGCCGUCGUUAUCUGUUGCUUGAACGUUUUCCUGUACGGCAGACAGACCACGGAGCGACAGGACGUUGCCCCUGAAAACGGUCCGUAACAGGAACCAAAGCACAGAUUCCUUCGUCAGGCCUUCGUCAGGAGUCCCGCAAGUCAUGAGGAAAUUGACAUAUGAAAGCGAGAAAGCGGAUGCAGCACCAAGCCCCGCAGUGACGUGUAAUAGGAAGAUUCUGCAGUCUGUUAUUAAUAAUCCCAUCCGGUUUACAUUCAUGUGAUACGGCUGUUAAAGAAUGAAACAACAGUUUACAGUACAAUAUAUCCUGUACGUAUACGCACGCGCGCGCACACACACACACACACACACACACUCACACUCACACUCACACACACACACACACACCACACACACACACACACACACACACACACACACACCACACAC